AUGCUGGCCGUGACAGCUGCUUUACAACCUCUUCACAAAGAUUUUGCCCAGCUGGAUUUUGCAAGAGAUUCAGCUGCGUGGUUCACAAUCAGACGGCUUCAAGGACUAUCGAAGAUUGCUUACAAUACCGCCGACUCUUGUCCUGACUUUGUCAACUAUGAAAAAGCGUUUGACAGCAUCGAGACUAAUGCCAUAGUGUCAGCGCUCGUCGGCCAUUGGGUGGACCUAUCUUACGUAAGGACAGCCGACUGCUACAAAAGCUGCUUUAUGACGUACAGUAUUUGA